AUGAUUAGGGAGAGCGUCCCAUCCAGAUAUGGGAUGAAGGCUAAGUUCUUCACGCGGACAAUUUUAGCUACCGUCUCGGACUCGCAAAGCCGCUGCAGCUCCACUUGCGUGCCGGGCAAGAGCGCCACCCCCCGCACGCCAGGGCACCCCAAGCACAUCGUCCGUCUCACGCAGCGGAAAAGGAGCACAAGCGGCUUUCGAAAUCCAGUCUGCACUUUCCAGAGCUCAGUCCACGGCCUGGGAAUUGAGUGCAAUUGUGCCGUGGCGCUGCUUCGACACGCGUGA